AAAACUCUCCCUUCGCCAAACCCUAGAAACUCUCAUCCAAACAAAACCACUGUUUCCGCUCCCAUUUCUUCCCUAAUUUACUAAAUUUUUCUUCUCUUUGAUCCUUGAGUUUGGAUCUUAGAUCAUCCUGCUCUGCCUUCUAGAUACAGAUCUGCAGGUGGGUACUUCCCUAGCUUCUUCCAGGAGACGCUCUGACUGUAACUGUACUACUUGAUCUUCUAAGAGAGAAAGUGGGGUAGGUCUGAUUAAGGAAGAUGACAGUCAGAACCCCUGGAACUCCAGCUACAAAGAUAGAUAGGACGCCUGUAUCGACCCCAGGAGGGUCAAAAGCUAAGGAAGAGAAGAUUGUUGUUACUGUUAGAUUAAGACCUCUAAGUAAAAGGGAGCAGCUUGCCAAAGAUCAAGUGGCAUGGGAAUGUGUGGAUGAUCACAUGAUUGUGUAUAAACCCCCACCUCAAGACCGUUCAGCUCAACCGGCUUCUUUUACAUUUGAUAAAGUUUUUGGUCCGGUCUGUUUAACUGAAACUGUGUAUGAGGAAGGAGUGAAGAAUGUUGCUUUGUCAGCUUUGAUGGGCAUAAAUGCAACCAUAUUUGCAUAUGGGCAAACUAGCAGUGGGAAGACAUACACAAUGAGAGGAGUGACAGAGAAAGCUGUUAAUGACAUCUACAAUCAUAUAAUGAAUACACCGGAGAGAGAUUUUACAAUUAAGAUAUCUGGUCUAGAAAUUUAUAAUGAGAAUGUUAGGGAUCUAUUAAAUUCAGAAUCUGGCCGCAAUCUCAAGCUUCUAGAUGAUCCUGAGAGGGGUACUGUGGUUGAGAAGCUGGUGGAAGAAACAGCAAAAGAUGAUCAGCAUUUAAGACAUCUGAUCAGCAUUUGUGAAGCUCAAAGGCAAGUUGGAGAAACUGCUCUAAAUGAUACCAGCUCGAGGUCACACCAAAUAAUAAAGCUGACAAUCCAAAGUACUUUGCGUGAGAAUUCAGAUUGUGUGAGAUCAUUUGUGGCAAGCCUGAACUUUGUGGAUCUGGCUGGAAGUGAAAGGGCCUCACAGACACAUGCAGAGGGUGCUAGGCUCAGGGAAGGUUGUCAUAUUAACCUCAGCUUGAUGACUCUGACAACCGUAAUCAGAAAACUUAGUGUUGGAAAAAGAAGUGGUCACAUACCAUACCGAGACUCAAAGCUUACUCGCAUACUGCAACAUUCACUUGGUGGGAAUGCACGUACAGCUAUCAUUUGUACUUUGAGUCCGGCACUAAGCCAUGUUGAACAAUCUCGAAAUACACUCUUCUUUGCUACCCGAGCAAAGGAAGUGACGAACAAUGCCCAAGUCAAUAUGGUUGUUUCAGAUAAGCAGCUGGUGAAACAUCUGCAGAAGGAAGUAGCCAGGCUAGAAGCAGAGCUGCGUACCCCUGAUCCUUCUAAGGAAAAAGACUUAAAAAUCCAGCAGAUGGAAAUGGAAAUUGAAGAACUGAGACGCCAAAGAGACCUUGCACAAUCUCAGGUGGAUCAGUUACGCAGAAAACUGCAGGACGAUCAGCAGAGCUCAAAGCUGCCUGAAUCACCUCAUCCAUCAGCAAAGAAGUGUUUGUCUUAUUCUGACGCUUUGUCACCGAAGUUGGAAGGAAAGGAGCCGAGCCACAAUGAUAAAACAAGGAAAACAAUGCUAAGGCAGUCUAUGAGGCAAUCAUCAACUGCUCCUUUUACACUUAUGCAUGAAAUUCGAAAACUUGAACACCUUCAAGAGCAGCUUGGAGCAGAAGCCAAUCGAGCUCUAGAAGUACUUCAAAAGGAAGUGGCUUGUCAUAGAUUAGGUAACCAAGAUGCUGCUGAGACUAUUGCCAAGCUGCAGGCAGAAAUAAGGGAAAUGUGUGCUGCCCAGUCAGUUCCAAAGGAAGUUGAAGUUGAAACUAUGGUGGCCCCUAACAAAAGCGUUAGUGCUAAUCUCAAGGAGGAAAUAACUAGGCUUCAUUCACAAGGCAGCACAAUUGCUAAUCUUGAGGAGCAACUGGAGAAUGUUCAGAGGUCAAUUGAUAAGUUAGUAAUGUCUCUGCCAACCAAAGAUCAACAAUUUAAUGGUGAAGCAACCCCUAAAGCUAAGAAUCAGUCUAAAAGGAAGAAGUUGUUGCCUUUAAGUUCUAGUAGUGUUGCCAACCGGCAAAACUUUAUAAAAUCUCCUUGCUCACCUUUGUCAGCUUCUCGGCAAACAAUGGAGCCUGAGAAUGAAGAAAAUAGAGCUCCAGAGAAUGAUGACAUAGUCUCCAGAGAGAUUAUCCAAGAAUCUGACAAAGAGACUCCUAGUAAGAGUGAAGAGGGAGGAGAUGUCUCAUCAAAGGAAGGUACUCCAGGAACUCCAGGAUAUCGGCGUUCCAGUUCAGUUAACAUGAAAAAAAUGCAGAAAAUGUUUCAGAAUGCAGCUGAAGAGAAUGUAAGAAGUAUACGAGCAUAUGUUACAGAACUGAAAGAACGUGUUGCUAAACUGCAAUACCAGAAGCAGCUACUUGUUUGCCAGGUGCUUGAGCUUGAAGCAAAUGAAGCAGCUGGAUACAACAUAGAGAAUGAUGAAAGUACAACUGAGAUAGAGGAGUCCCAAGUUGCAUGGCACGUAACAUUUAAGGAGCAAAGGCAGCAGAUUAUUGAGUUAUGGGACGUGUGCUUUGUCUCCAUCAUCCAUAGGACACAAUUUUAUUUGCUAUUCAAAGGCGACCCUGCUGAUCAAAUAUACAUGGAAGUGGAGCUUAGGCGCUUAACUUGGCUGCAACAGCAUUUCUCAGAACUUGGAAAUGCAAGUCCUGCCCAAGUAGGAGAUGAACCUACAGUUUCUUUGUCAUCAAGUAUGAGGGCUUUAAGGCGUGAAAGGGAAUUCCUUGCAAAGAGGUUGUCUUCUCGCUUAAGUCUAGAAGAGAGAGAUGCAUUGUACAUUAAAUGGGAUGUACCACUGGAGGGGAAGCAGAGGAGACUGCAAUUUAUAAGCAAGCUCUGGUCAGAUCCUCAUGAUGCCAAACAUAUAGAGGAGAGUGCUCAAAUAGUGGCAAAGCUUGUAGGAUUCUGUGAAGGGGGCAACAUGUCAAAGGAGAUGUUUGAGCUUAAUUUUGCACUACCAGCUGAUAAGAGGCCAUGGAUCAUGGCGUGGAAUCCAAUUUCAAACCUUCUUCAUAUGUGAUACAAUGCGUUUUUGUUUGUAACUAGUGCCCAUUGUUUACAUGUAAAUGAAGUUUGGAGCUCUUUCUCCAAACAUGCUACUUUCCAGUCACAGUCCGGACAAUCAAGUGCAUGACAAUGAUUUGGCAUGCUAUUCUUUGUAUUCUUUCAUGUUUCAAUAAAGGAAAUUGAUUUCC